CUGGAGAGUUGGGAACAUGGAAAGCGAAAGGCAACUUUUCUGGAGAGUCGCGGGGAACCCAGUCACACACCUUCAGGCUGGACUGCUUCGCUUACGCCACUGACCGGCGCUUAUGCAGAUGCUCAUUGCCUCACACGAUGUUGACUUUUCAGCCCUUCAGCUUGUUGGGCCUGCUUCACCAUGUAUCGAGGGAAGUAUGUCUCAGCUGCACAUCCUUGAGCGCUCCUUCCCUGCCCCAGCGAUCAUCACUCUACAUCUCGCAUCUUGUUACAGCCGAACAUUUACUCGAGUACGAGAAGGAAGCUUCUGUUCCUGAGAUGGCCGUUCGGGAUGUUGCUUGUCAUUUCACCAUACUUCAGGCUUAUGCAGGAACCCAUGUUGCCCUUGCAGAAACUCACUCCAAGACAUUGAGAGCGAAGAAGGUGGCGCUCAACGUCGAAGUUUAACCACCCAAGAAUAACCAAAAUUGACUGGAAAGACACAAUGUAAGCGGAGAUGGCACCUGGGGCUGGC